AGCAGCAGAGCGCACGAGCGUGCCGCGGAUAGAUUUUCGUACCCCCUUUUCCCUACACACCAACACAGAGACACAGGGGCUCUAUGUGCGCAUGUAUGUAGCCUCCAUCGUCGUCGCUGUACACGCGAACGCCAAGUAAUUCGCGCACACAUACGUAGCCGUUGCGGACACAGGCAUAGGUUUGCUCGACGUACAUAUAAUGCGUCUCUCGUAACCGAAGGAUCUUCUUCUGUAGCCGCUCCAUACUCGUCGUCGUCAGUCCGACGUAACUCUGUAUGCGUGCAGUUUGUGUCCAUAUCGUUAUCUAUAGUGUCCGCGUACGACUGUAGUGUGCACAUACAGUGGAGCAGUGCGUACAGUGUCGAUCGCCGUCGUCGUCGUCGUCGUGGUGUGUAUAUGUGUGUGCGCGCGCGCGCCAGCCCCAAAGCGACUGCCAAUACUGCUCCGCCGAGCAGUUCUGCAUCUAAUACCCCCUGUAGUACUAUGUUAUAGCUCGGCUUGGGGAUAGAAAAAAAGAAACGGCAGGAGAGAGAAAAGGGAGCCAAAAGAAAAAAGAAGGUGAGAGAGACGGAGAGCUUCCCACAUCCCGAAGCUCGGGGAAUUCGUGUGUCGAGAUUGGAAUAAUGCGCCACGACUGCUGAGCGUGUGUCAGCCAGUCAGCGUUGUAUACCGUUGAAGAAAGUCGCAGUCGGGGGGUCGUCGCAGCAGCAGCAACUUUCAACGGCUCGCAACAAGAAGAAGAAGUAGAGGAGGAGAGCCAGCUUUUAGCCAGCAGUACUCGCAAGCUGAAAGGGUGUCGGUGUGUGCAGUAGUCGCACACGCGCCCCUGUAUUCGAGUGUGUGUGCCCGUGUGUCCGUGCGUGUUGUUUGUGCGUACAUGUGCCUCUACCGUCGUCGUCGUGCAAGCUCUCGUUCUCCCUCGUAAGGAGCACACGCUUCGUGCGUGCGAAAUAAUCAUUCUUAACUCGUAACGACCGACACGCUGUACGUCCGUGUUCGCGUACAUGCACACGUCGUCCAUGAAGCUCAGGCGUGCCUCUUCUCCGUGCCUGAGUUGAGCUGAAACUCGUCUGUGCUCGUGUGCGUGCGUGCGACGGGCUUGUAUGCAUCCGCAAGCUCGCGGAGGCUUGCAAUCGAGCUCCACGGAGAGUGUCGCGUCUCUCUCGAGGGCUCGUCUCCGAGCAGCUCUCGAAGGCUUUUUUCAUCAAUUUUACAUCGACAUCGUUGGGUCUCAUUCUGGUGAAGUGUAAAAGUUUGUGUUCUUGUGUCUGCCUGGUGUGUCAAGCUGGUGGCUAGCUGCACCAGCAGUAGGCAGUAGCAGAAGCGGCGGCAGCAGCAGCAGCCAACAACACACCCACAAGUUCGACGUGAUAUAAUAUCAACGUCGAGCUUGCACAACGAUACAACGUCGACGACGAGCAAUCGCCAAUAAUCAAAAAUGCCUUCGCUCGUGAAGAGGCAAGCGCCAGUGCCGGCGGCGCCUGCGGCAGCAGUCGAGACACAGCCAGGCCUGGUGGCGAACAGUCAAAACUGGACGACGUUGAGACCCGCGACGAAUGUCGAAGCACCGGGAGCAGAAGUGGCCGCGGCCGGUGCAGCACCAGUAGCACCUGCGGCAGGUGUCGGCGUCGCGGCUGGCACGGGGGCCGUAGCCGAGGAAGGCGUACCAGCUGGACUCACAACAGAAUCGGACGGCCUCAUCGGUACCACGGUGAAAUCCGUCGAGGAGAAGAUAGAGAAGGGCGUGGAAAAGCUCGCAGCCGAAGCGGGCAUGCCCACGUGGGCUUUAAUAACCCUUUUAAUAGUGGGUAUCCUCAUACUCGGUCUGACCGCCUUCUGCAUAAGAAGAUGCUUCCGCAAGCGGCGCUCCAAGGACGGCAAAAAGGGCCUGAAGGGCGCCGUCGAUCUCAAGUCUGUCCAGCUGCUGGGCAGCACGUACAAAGACAAGGUGCAGCCCGACAUGGAGGAGCUCACGGACAACGCCGAGGAGCCCGAGGAGGCCGAGAGCAAACAGAGCGAAGUCAAGCUCGGCAGGCUCCAGUACAAGAUGGAGUACGACUUCAACUCAAACAGUCUGCAAGUGACGGUGAUCAAGGCUGAAGAACUGCCAGCCCUCGACAUGGGUGGCACGUCCGAUCCCUACGUCAAAGUCUAUCUGCUGCCCGACAAGAAGAAGAAGUUCGAGACUAAGGUGCACAGAAAGACGCUCAAUCCCGAGUUCAACGAGACGUUCACGUUCAAGGGUGUGCCGUACGCCGACGCCAUGAACAAGACUCUGGUGUUCGCCAUUUUCGAUUUCGAUCGAUUUUCGAAGCAUGACCAAAUCGGUGAGGUCAAAGUGCCGCUCUGCCAGGUGGAUCUGGCUCAGACAAUCGAGGAGUGGAGAGAGCUUCAGAGUGUCGAGGGUGAAGGUGGUCAAGAUAACAAGCUAGGUGACAUUUGCUUCUCUCUGCGAUACGUUCCAACGGCCGGUAAGCUGACCGUCGUUAUUCUGGAAGCCAAGAAUCUGAAGAAAAUGGACGUGGGCGGUCUGUCCGAUCCUUACGUCAAGAUCGCCCUCAUGCAAAACGGCAAACGUCUCAAGAAAAAGAAGACCUCGAUCAAGAAGUGUACUCUCAAUCCUUAUUACAACGAAUCCUUUACCUUCGAAGUACCUUUCGAACAAAUACAAAAAGUGAACCUGAUGGUGACCGUGGUGGAUUACGAUCGUAUCGGUACGUCCGAGCCGAUCGGCAAGGUCCUGCUGGGCUACAACGCCAGCGGCACGGAACUGAGACACUGGUCGGACAUGCUGGCGUCGCCGAGACGUCCCAUCGCCCAAUGGCACACGCUCAAAGAUCCCGAGGACGGCGACAAAAAGGACUAAGUUGAUGACGCUCCUCGUAAUGAGAAGUAAAUUUAAAACUAAAGCAUGGAGUUCCAGAACAAUUUAAAAUGAAUACUACAAGUACUUGAUAGGCGUAAAUUAUUUGUGGCGUGUUUCAAACGUAAAUUUUAAGAAGCAUAACGAGCGAAGAUCCGAAUCAUCAUCAUGAAAAAAAUCAGCGACAAAAUUUUAAGAUCUCUAGGACUUGCAUGAGAAGUGUAGUAACUUGUAUAUAAACGAUACUAUAUAUCAGCUAUACUUUUUUGUCUCUAUAUCUAUGAGCGAUUAUUGAGUUGUAAUGCAUAAAUUAAGAUUAUAUAAGUGGAAGUAUUGAAAAAAAAUCGAAGACUUUAACAAGCAAAACGCAUUGAUAGCCAAGCUCAAUCAGUUUUUAUUUCAAUCGAAUUAUAUCAAUUCAAAAGCUCAUUGGAUUCGAUUAUUAUGAAAAAAUUGUUUAAACUCAAUCGUUGGGUAGAUUUUUAACUUUUCAUUUAUUUUUAAUCGUUGAUCGUCUUCUUAAUUAAUAAAAAAUAAUAAUUAAUUAUAAAUAAAUAAAUAAAUAAUAAUAAUAAUGAAGCGAAGGACCAAUGCUUUUGUCUGCGCUGUCUUCGUUGCCACAUCAUUGAUACGAUACACAAACUAUAGUGUAAAAAUGAUAUUAUUAACGUCAAGAUGAGGGAUAUAUAGAAACAAAAACAACGGAAAAGAAAAAACAAACUUGCUCUACGUAUAAUUGAAACUCACUCGCUCGGAGCGUUUGCGUCUUAAAGGCGGUAUCGUCGACAAUAUAAUAAUGUUAUUAUGUAUCUGCUUCUCGUGUAUAAUACAAAUAUACAUACAACAGGCAGAUAAAUGAAGAAAAAAAAAUUGAUGAAAUAAAAUAAUAAGUGCAAAAAAUAACACAGAGAAAUCCCGCCGUUUCAAAGCUGUGACGCGCGCAUUGCGAUUCAUCAAGCUAUAUUAUUAUAUACAUAUAUUAAGCGUAUAAAUUAUAGAUUGCGCCUUUUUGCUAAUAUCAUAUCAUUAUAAGUUUUCGAUUUGAUCCGAUAAAAAAAUUAAUUAAGAUAAAAUUAUAACUAACUAAAAAUCACGCAAAGAGAUGCCCUCAAAUAGUAGAGGAGCAUAAUGGUUAAAUAAAACGAAUGCGCAGCAAAAAUAUCACUGCUUUAAUAAUAUUUGAAAAUAAAUAGCGAAGAAAAUUCCGUUUCCACGUAUUGUUGAGAAAAAAAUAAAAAAUGAAAUAUUGUACGCUGUACUGGCCUAGAUACUACUACUAUAUUAUUAUGAUUAUUAUAAACGGACGCUCGCUUCGGAUCGAAUUAUCUAUUGGCUACGGGGGUGAAAAUGAAACGGGAUUGAAAGAGAGGACGAUCGGAUGAGAAAAUUUUAUCGAGUUUCGACGUCACCGCUACCGUCGCCGCUCUGGCACGAACCAUAAGUAUUAAAAAAAAAAAAAGAA